AUGACCGCCGUUGGUCCAAGUCCGAGUUCCCCACCUGAGCUGUCCGGGUCGAAAUCCUCCAAGUCGUCGUCCUUCCGGUCGUCUCAGAUCGACGGCCCAGAUGCGGUUUUCACCGAUGUGGGCAACUUUGAAGAGAUUGGCCUCGAAGAUGAUACAGUCCUCCCUCUGCCGGAUCAGCCAACCCCUUAUGGCCGAGGGUUAGCUGCUCGAUCGCAUGCUCCUCGAGUGUCGCACAACAUGCCCGCCAAGAGCCCUGCGGUGACAACUCGCGAUUUGACUGCGACGCCGAAGUCGCGCCUUCACAGCACCCUGCCGCCGAUAAACAGCGCGCUGAAUGGGUCGCCGCGAGGCCUGCAACCGACAACGUCCCUCUCGGUGCGAUCUGGUAACAGAAGAGACUCAGUCAGUACCCAGCACUCGCGAGGCCUGUCGCCUUCCCAGCCUCGUCGGUCGCGCUCGAACUCCCCUCUUCGACCAUUGUCCAGUCGUUCUGCCUCCAGUACCAGCUUAGCUUUGUCGCCGCUGUCCACACGAAACUCGGCGCCCAAGCACCCCUGGCAACCGAAGCGCAAAUCUCUCCGCGAACUCGAAGAUGAAUACAAUGAUGCUGACGAUGACCUGCCCGACGAUGCAAGCCUGUGGAAUAUUCCCAUUUCCCCGCGUCCAGUCCAAGAUCGCCCUCAGUCGCGAGCGGCGAGCCCCAAUAGUCGUAGCCCGGGUCGUCGGCCGCUUCCCAUUUCUCAUACUGCGUCGGAUACGCUUGUGUCCCAGGAUCAUUCAUCGCAGGGUGCAUCGCGGGCCGCACGAAUGAGACGAAACCAGCGGUCGAGCUCUGCAGGACCGGAACGAGGUCAAAUCUCCCCCCGCAACCCUCGGACCUACUCUUAUAACAAUUAUCUAUCCGAUCUGUCGGAGGAAGCAAGAAUCAUCACCGAGGCGCUUGAGCAUCAUGCGGAUGAGAGCGAGCGCAAGCAUGAAGACGCGGUGCAAAACGGACUUGCGUCCGGAAAAUCAAGCCCCGAGUCUCGACCCGAGUCGAUUGAAUUGCCGCCUCUGCAAAAGUCCAACAUCAUGAUUGAUCCAUUACCGAUCAGCCGAGAGAAGGAAAAGGUCCUUACACGGACACGGCCCAGCUGGCUGCCGCCCAAGGAUCAAAAAGAAGAAAAGAAACAUUUGCGAGAGUACAAGCAGAUGAUGGCUCAAGCCAAAGAAGCCGAUAAGCGCAAGGCAGCCCGAGCUGCUUCGGAGCAGUGUGAGAAAGACAAUACCCGCGCAACUCUUCAGAACAUCUGGGAUGACUAUGUCAGUCCCAAUUGGGACCGUGCGUUGCGGGAGCCUCGCAUUCGGGAGCUGUGGUGGCGCGGCAUCCCUCCGAGGAAUCGCGGUGCGAUGUGGAAGCGUGCCCUCGGUAACGAGCUUUCGCUCACCGAGGAUUCCUUUACCAAGGCUCUGCAGAGGGCCAAAGAGCUGCGAUCCAAGGCCAGUACGGAACCCGUGGAGAGCAACAAGCGCAUGCUGGAGUGUUUCGAUGCCAUCGAGGCAGAUGUGGCCAAGGCAUUCCCUGAUCUGAACCUCUUCCAGGAAGGGGGACCCUUGCGGGCCACACUUAUUAAUCUGCUGCAAGCUUACUGCAUGUACCGGAGUGACGUGGGUUAUAUCCACGGUCUCCAUACUGUUGCCGCGCUCCUUGUGCUGCAGUUCCCUUCCUCAAGUUCCGCUUUCCUCGCCAUGGCUAAUGCUCUCAAUCGCCCUCUCCCAGUUGCCUUUUUAACGUGGGAUCGCGGUGCCAUGGCUCGUACAUACGGCCUUGCUACUGAGACCCUGCGUUAUAAGUUCCCUCGCUUGGCAUCGCAUUUGCUGGAGACCCUGCAGCUCGCUGAAGAAGAGGUGUGGGAGCCCAUGUUCCGGUCUCUUUUAACGAAUGGACUGGAUCUUGAGCGACUGUCUCGUGUAUGGGACUGCUGGGUUUUCGAGGGUGAUCGCAUCAUCAUUCGUGCUGCCGUUGGUGUUAUUGGAUGUCUCCAGGCGCAGCUGAUGUCUUUCACCCAGCCGGACGACCAGUCACGUCUCGUCGUACGUGACAUUCUCGGCUGGGGCCCUCGGCACAUCGGUGUCAGUGCUCAGAAGCCCAAGGAACGAAACAGCGCACCUGCUGCUUCUGGGUUUGGCGGCCAGGUCACAAAUCCUGGCGUUGCUGACUAUUGGAUCUUCACCGCUGCGGGCAACGAGGAUGGAUUCAUCGCCGCAGUACGUGAGGCUGGUAAAGUACGAAAUCCGCAAUAG